CUGGCCCGGGGCGGUCAGAGCCGGGACACUUUAGGCGGGUUCGGUCCGGUAGUUCAGGAAUUCUGUUUGGGUUCAAACAUUCAAACCUAUGGGAUAUGAACCAUCCCUCAACCCUUCCUCGACUCACCACCUUCUGAGUUUAGCGUUCUUUCAUUGGCUCCUUUUAAGUUCUCGCGAGACUGGGCAACCAAUUGCAAGGCAGCGGCGCCAAGUCAAACUGAACCGUUUGCUUCAAGAACAGCGACGUGUUUUCCUACCGAGUAGUGCGCUACGGAGGCUCGUACCGGGUCAUUUCGGAUCGUUCUACAGAGGCUACAGAAUGGACGGCGUCACCAGUUCACGGCGGAACAACGCGAAGCAGAAAGGGAACAAGGAGAACAGUCAGCCUGCAGGUGGUGGUGAGCCAUCAGGGAGCAGAGGGGGGAAGGCCUCUGUCGUUCCCCUCCAGCUGCGAGGGAACACCACGUCUAGAGCGGCGCUGUCUGGCGAUGCCGUGAAGAAGAUAAAACCUAAUGCAAAAGAGUUCAAACGGCCAACACACAGCCAGGUCCUCCAAAAGCAGGCAGCGAAGCACCAAAAAGCCGCCACAGUACCACCAACCGCUGCUCCAUCAUCAAAGUCUGCUCUGGGAACGUACAAGGGCAGGGUGGUUCAGUCAAAGAUCGGCUUCCUUUGGAAGUCUAGCGAUAGUCUGAGCACAGCAGAUCCCAAACCUCAGAACCCACAGCCUGAGAAUGUUGCCAAGAAGAGCAGGUCCCAAUCUGCUGCUCUGGUGUCGAGGCACGGCCUGCAGAACCCUGCGUUAAUCAGGUCCAAGUCGGUUUCUGAUAAACCUGUUCUGGCGACCAAGGCCAGCUCCGUCAAUGGCCGUCGUGCUGGAGUCUGCUCUGGUCAGCCUCCUGCCAGAACCGUAACAUCUGCCAGAUCCAGAAACACAAAUGUAGCUCCUGUUGAUCCAAGAGGCAAUCAGAAGCCAAAGGUUCCUGCUGUAGACAAGGAGGUUCAUAAGCCUGCCGUAACGAGCACCCUGAGCCAGUACAGAUGCUCCAUGGAGACUGCAGAAGAGAGAAGGGCCAGACUGGCCGAGUGGCUAGCGUCCAAGGGGAAGACCCUAAAGAGACCGGCCAUGAUGGCAGCACCUUCAAAACUCAAAGUUCCUGCUAAAGCUGAAGUUCAGCUCAGUGUUGCAGCUCCAGUGAUGGCCGCUGAACUCCACACUCACAAUCUGCAGUCCGAGGCCUCUGCGCAUGAUGCAGACGAUGCUCCCGGGACCAAGGACACCACGCUGGACCUGCUCGAUAGCUCUGAUGCUGAUCCUCAGGACCGGGUGGAUGAUGUUGUGAUGAACCUUUGUGAUGCCUUGGAGGCCAUGGUGACACCAUCCGGGUGCAGUGAUGACAUUCCACAGGUGGAAGACGGAUGUGACGCUGACCCAACUCGUGUGAAACUGGAGGAAAGCAGUGAACAGCUGGGGCUUGACAUGAAGGUGGCUGCUGAUGAGCCAGAGAUGAGCAGCGCUUCAGUAAUAAAGUACAGCGUGAAGACGACUCCUUUCCUACAAAGUGUGAAGAAAACGAUGGACGAGGCCAGCACCUCCACCAGAAAGAGCAACAUCAAAGACCUGAAGUUUCUCACACCCGUGCGUCGUUCCUGUCGCAUCCAGCGGAAAUUGUCACAUCUGCCCGCGAUGCUGGUGGACCCUGACCCGUGCGUGUCGUCGUUGGCCGAGCUGGUGAAGCUGAAUGACGAUCCCAACGCCUACGUUUAUAGGAAGAACCCAGCGCUGCUGCAGGAGCUGCCCGACCAAGGACCGUGAAGAGGGCUUGAAGCUUAUGGACUAACUAACCUGAACAAUGAAGCUUUUUCUUCUGCUUGGGAAGAGACGGAUUUUAACUUCUGCUUUAAACUUAAGAUUUCUGCGGUUUUGUUAUUUGUUACUUAGAUUUCUGCUGUUUUGUUAACGCUAUGAGGGUGGGACAAGACAGAGGGUGCUCAGAGGUGGACAUCUUCUCCAUUAAAGACACUACUAAA